GCCCUUCUUCAUUUGAGUUCUCUAACAAACAGGGGGGAAGUACCACCUGGAGUCCUGUUUUCUCUAUAGAUACUCAGGGUACAUCAGAACGCAGACAGAUAUCAAAACUCCCUCAUCACAUGCACACAUUGAGCUCAGGAAGCAAACACACACACACACACACACACACACACACACAUACAGCUUUGUUGUUCAGCAGAAGAAACUCAGGACGUGUACUGUCAUCAUCAGCUCUUGACGUCUGUCUUCCUGCACUCUUCAGGCUCGGGCUGCUCUGAGCUCGGCCUUACGGACCGACGAUGCCACAGCCUGCACAGCAUCCGCUCACCAAAGUCCUCCUGCUUUGGCUCACCCUCCUCUCCAUCGUCCAGAUUGUCUUCAUCACCAUCUUCUUCACAGUUGGACCUCAUGACAGGAGUCCUUCAGAGAAUGAGCAUCAACUGGGAAAGGGCAAAAUGCUCACCUUCAUGAGUAUUGGAGGAGGUAACAGAAGAAUGAAAUGGCGAUCAAACAAUCCAAGUGAAGGCCUGAUCUCAGUACAAGAGGACGUCCUAACCAUAGAUAGGGAUGGAUACUACUUCCUAAGUCUUCAGGUUACCUUGAAGGAUUGUAAUACAAUUCAGUUCUCUAAAGGUGAAUAUGUCAAAGUCAAUAUGACAUUGUCGAAUGGAUCUAAGUCCAACGCUCUUUUGGAGGGCCGGAUUAGCACAGACACGUGCACAGGCUUCCUCGCCAGGGCAACAAAGCUCUCCUCAGACUAUCAUAAGGUCACCAUAGACGUGGAAGCCACUUCCACGUUUAUGGUGGACGAAAAGGAAUCUCUUACCCACCUUGAUAUCAUUUACAUCUCGUCUUAAUCCUGAAGUGUGUUCAGAUGUUAUGAUGGCAGCGUCUUCUCCAGGUUCUCCUGUCACCAAACAGACCUCUGCCUUCAUCUUUACAUCAUAAGAUGAGUCGAUCACUUAACCAACUUCAUGCAGUCAGAGCAGUGCCUGAUUCAAAGAAAACGCUUGAAGGGCUGAAGUCAACAAUAAGGACUGUCUUUUACCCACAGGCUGGAUAAAAAAACAAAAAACAUUCUAUUCAAUUCUGCAAAGACUUUAAAUCCACCUUUAAACACAAUUCACAUUACUUCAAGAGCCCAAAUGAUAAGGCCAGUAUACUGUAUACAUAGCAGCUCAGGAUUGGACUAAAGUUGACAGCAUCACUACAAAUCUGUUUCUUGUGCCCGGUGCUUAUUUGUUCUGAUUUCAAGUCAAACUCAAAACUCACUUGUACAGAACUAAUGAAAUACCAGCUAGCAUACUAUUGGUUUUGGGGGAUUCCCCCCCCCCUCCCCUCUACUGUAAAUGUUGUUUUCAUUGCUUCUCAGAUAUCAGUGAUUAGAGAGCACAUCCGCGGUCUAUAAAAUCAGUAUUCAGAGUGAACAGAUCUUACUUGAUUGUUUGAACUUCUUGGUGAUGUUGUCUGAGUUUCUUACAUUUUAAAUUUGUAUUGAGUGAACACAGAGAAUGUAUUUAAGUCCAGUUCUAUGUGAUUUGCACAACUCUUAUUUGCUGAUUUAUUUCUUGACAUGUUUUGAAGCAUCUAUGUUGUGUUAAUUUAUUGUUUGGACCACAACUAUAUAUACACUGUACAAUAUGUGUGCAUGAUGUAUUUUUUUUUAUUAUCUUUAUUGUUUUGUUUAUUUAUAUAUUAUUUCAUAGUAAGGCAAUUUAUUGAACAGGGAAUGUACGUCACUGUGUGGCAAUGAAUGUGUUUGUGUGGGGGGGGGGUCAAUUGAAUGAGUGCCUUUUCUUUAUUCAUUGUUGCAAUAAUAUGAAGCUAAUACUGAUGAAACUCAACAAAAAUGUCGGUCCAUGUAUUUUUUUUUUUUAGAAAAGAACAAAACUGUGUUGUUGUUUUGUUUUUGUUGUUUAGACAUGCUUUUAUGGAAUUUCUUUAACUAUCUCUAUAAAGAAAGUGAAUCCAUGUUUUGAUCGUGUUCAAACAAGCUUGCACCACACUUUGUUUUCUCUUCUCAUUUUCUGAAUGUUAAGGGAAAGCGAAAAAGAAGGGCGACAGAAAUAACCAGCCAACAUACUGCAUCUGCUUCACUACCUGUGUGACGUGUUACGAGACGUGAAAUCAUGACUUGUGGUGGUUUAUUUAGAAAGGUUUCAUAUGUUUGGAGAUGUUGAAAGAGACAUUUGGUUUUGUCAAUGAUUUUCUGUUUGUUUGCUUUUUCUUUUUUUCAACAAAUGAGGAAGUGCUUGUUCCUCUAAUGAUGUGUGUACUAUCGUCUUACUACACAUUCAAAAACAUAUUGCAUUAGUUUUUGGAGCUUUAAAAUGUGGGACUUUACAUUUACACCGCUGUUAGCAUUUAAGAACGAAUGUAACAAAGUUGAGAUUAAAGGGACGGGCAUUGAAAAUUAGCUUAGUGCUAAUGCUGUAGUGUGUGGCAUCAGUUUACUUGUUGCAUAUUCAUCCCUAUACAAAUAAACAUGAAAUA